GCAACCCCCCCGAUACUCCCAGUUCGCUAAAGGAAAACUGACCAGACAAAGCCCCCCCCUUAACCACCCUCGGCUGGGUGGAGGCAGCGGGGCCGGGAACCGGGGGGGCGCGGGACAAAAAAGAGUCCGGGUGGCUUUAAGAGCCGGAGCAUGCGCAACGGCUGUCGAAAGGGAGGGGCGGACCCCCCCUCCCCAGUCCGCGCCCUUUUCAUUGCGGGACGCCCGGGUGGGCAGAGCUCGGCGCCGGUUGGAGACAGGCGAGCCGGAGCCGGGACAGCCUUGUAUGGACUGUACUGCUCGCCCGCAGCCAUGGGGAAAAUGCUGUCCAAGAUCUUCGGCAAUAAGGAGAUGCGGAUUCUGAUGCUAGGCCUGGACGCGGCCGGCAAGACCACCAUCCUUUACAAGCUGAAGCUGGGCCAGUCGGUCACCACCAUCCCCACCGUGGGCUUCAACGUGGAGACGGUGACCUACAAGAACGUCAAAUUCAACGUCUGGGACGUGGGGGGCCAGGACAAGAUCCGGCCCCUCUGGAGACACUACUACACGGGUACCCAGGGGCUCAUCUUCGUGGUGGACUGCGCCGAUCGUGACCGGAUCGACGAAGGCCGGCAGGAGCUGCACCGCAUCAUUAACGACCGGGAGAUGCGGGACGCCAUCAUCCUCAUCUUCGCCAACAAGCAGGACCUGCCCGACGCCAUGAAGCCCCAUGAAAUCCAGGAGAAACUGGGACUGACGCGCAUUAGGGACAGGAAUUGGUAUGUCCAGCCCUCUUGCGCGACAUCUGGGGAAGGACUCUGCGAAGGUCUGAUGUGGCUGACAUCCAAUUACAAAUCCUAAUCCUGGCUUUUUAUACCCAUGCACGAGUCUCUAACCAGUGAAACCUUGAGUCCAGACCCCCCUCCCCCGCCCCCACCUCUAUAGCCCCAUCCUCCCCUAUUCACCUGUUUGUGUCUCUCUCAAAAUUGCUGGUGGGGUGGGACUGGAUCCCUGCUAUGGUACCUUGGCACCUACCCUCUAAAAUGGGGGCCUAGGGUGUCAUGAAUGCUUUUUUUGGGGGGGAGAGGGGGGCUCUUUAGAUCUGAAUGCAGGCCACUUAGUCUUUUUUCCCUUGUUUCUGAUUGUAAAUCCUGUAGAGUUUAUUAUUUAAUUAACUUGGGUAGCGGGGGAUGGGUGUAAACUCCUCCUCCUCCCUCCCCUCCAGCUGUGUUCACAGGGGGCAAAUCAUCUGGUGCUACUGGUGUGCCCUCAACAGCAGCCCUUCCCGCUGUGGUUCAUGGAAUCGAUCUCUUUCCUUAUGUCCUAGCGGUUUCCAGAAGCAGUUGAGGGAUGGGACAGGUGUUGGAGAGUUCUUAUACUAGGCACUUAAGAUUUUUGCAUGGGGGGGGAGGGGCAGGUUUAUGGGGGUUCCCCGUCCAGCUUCCCAAUAACCCACAAUUAUAAGAACGUCCUUGUCUGUGGGGAGUGACAGCUGUGUGCCCUGAUCAAACUAAAAUAAGGAUCAACCGAGUUUAUCCCUGUGCCCUGCAAUUCUUCUCUGCCACUAACUCAGCCCAGGUGAGGUGUAAGGACUGUUCCCUGUGUGGGAGGGGGCUGGGCCCUGCACGCCUUGGUGACUAGCUUAGCCUGGCGGGAGGAGGGCUGGCAUCCUGGGGAGAUGCAGACAUGCCCACAUGUCUCCUCCCAAACCAGUUUCCCUGGCAUGGCACGUGGGCGGGGAGAAUCAAAGAGCCCAUUCAUCAGAGCCACCUUAGAGGAGUGGCUUUCCCGCGAAUCCUGGGACUACCUGUCCUUGCCGGCUGGCGGCCCUGUUUGUGGGGAAGGCGGCUGUGGGUCAGGUGCAAAUCCAGGGGGCGUCAGCCUCAUGGGAUGGCAGUGGCCCUUGGAUCAGGCCCAGCUGGGAUGGUAGUUAACCUGCGGGUGUGGCUGCACCCUUUCCCCGGUACUCAUCCAAAGGUCUGUCCUUUGCUGAGCUGCAGGCUGGAAUCUGCAGGGGGGGUCCUUGGUAAAUGCCUCACAUCCAUUUCCUCCCCCCCCAGCUUCUCUAUUGGGGUACAGGUGUCCCAUCCCCCACUGCAUCGGCUCUCAGGCCAUCUGCCCAUAGAGCCCUCCUGGUCUGUGACCAUCCCAGGCAUGGGGUGCCAGUACCCCAAGGCUCCACUGAAGCCAAGCGAGGGGGUCCUGAUGGGAAUAUUUGGGGGAGGGGACCCCCUUAGUCUCAGGGAUAUGAGUUCACUUUCUAUGAAUGGGGUAUCCCCAGGGGAAAGGCAGGAGGGGUCAGUGUGCUUAGGGCCAGAACCCUACCACAUUGGGGUGCAUGGGUCCCCAUGGUUGGGAAAGUUGUGUCCCUAGUUUCAGCCAGGAGGAACGGAAGUGGCACUUGCCCCCAGCUGUUGGCCCAGCCCGUCUUCCCUCAUGGUGAUGGGCUCUGCCCCCCAGCUCCUCCCCUGCUCUGUCCUCUUAGCAUCCUCCUCCUGCCCCACAAGGUGGCAGGGGCUGGUUGCCAAGGAAACCGCAUCCAGCAGAGGCAGCUGAUCCUGGUGGAAGGGGGGUGCAGACAUGGUGAGGAGCACCAACAGCAGUGGUAGCACCGUGUGGGGAGGGCCCUGUCCUUCCAGGGGGGCGGAAUCCACUCAGAGAUUGCAGGACCUAGUGCAAAGCGGCUGUGCCAAGCUGGAGCUGUUCCCCUUCCCUCUUAACCCUCUCACACGCACAGCAUGUCCCCCCCUGGUUCAUGGGCUCUUUUCUCCCUCUUUGGGGAGGCAGCCGGGGCGAAGCCGCCACCUUGAGAAACCUGCUAGACGAGGGCGUGGAUUAAACUCCUUUUUCCUUCCCUGCGUGGGUGCUGCUCCACCCAAACCCAGCGCUGCAAUGAGUUUGCAUGGCCUCUGCCUGCCCCACCCGAGGCCUGUUCUCACACACACCCCUUGCCACACACCUCCACUGAGAUGCGCCAUCCCACCCUGCCAGGACCCCGCUGCUGUGGUUUUGAGCAGGGACUGGUCUAGGAAAGUGUCUCCCUAGAGCCAUGUCCCCGCAUCCCCUCCUUAUCUCUGAGUCCUGGGGGCAACCCUUGAGGGAAAUCACACACCACCAUCCCUGCAGCCAGGCUCCCAACCUAUUCCUUGGGUGUACCCCUCUUGAGAAUGAAUGAAUCAGAACUAGGAAAAGGGGCGGUGCCCUUCCCCCUGCCCCUCCAGUGUCUGAGUCUAAUUAAUUACCAAGGAGUUCAUGCCAGCUGGGCUCUUUUUAUUAAAGCUGGCUCCUGGCAGCCCCAGUGCCACCCGGCUGUGGCAUGGUCCCUGCUCUCGCCGAGGCUUGGUCUUGUAGACUUUGUCCCUGCCUCUCGCUUGAAACCAGCUCAGCCACGUGGAGCAGGGCACAGGACGUGUGCUGACUCCCUCCCCUUGGGGUGAGGGGAGACUAGCCGCUGGCCUGAUGCUGCUGCUGUGCUUAAGCCUUCCAGCAUUGCCUUUCUUGAGAGGUGGGGGGGAUGCUAGCCGUGUGGACUGGCACUUAAAGGUGCAGGCGUGCUUGUUGGCGAAGAUAAGGAUGACGCAAUAGAAGCGAUGCACGUGGCAGUGCCAGUCCCACCGUGGGGCUAGAGGCGAGUGUAUGGUUGGCAGAUUUGGGAGCAGAUUUCCUUGACCAUUCCAGCUUAGCACAUGUAUCUUUCCUUUUGCUUCCUCCCCUUCCAAAAUCCCCGCCCCCCUGCCACCGGCACCCCCUAGUCACACUGGCACCGGUUUGCUCCUGCUCCCUGCUGAAAUGAAGCCAGGUGAGGGCUGCGUGCAUGACUGAGACUCUGCAGCUCGUUUAUUGUUUACUGCGGACAGCUGUGAUUCUUUGGGCAGGCUCGUCUUCCUGCAGAGAAAAAAGAAAUGGCUAGUUUCCCUCCUCUCCCCUCCCCUCCUGCAUCUCAUACGGGGUGAGCAGGCAAAAGCACUUAAAAGUCUAGGCGUGCAUCUGGCAUGAGCAGCUUCUGCCAUAGGGGUGACUACAGGGCAUGAGUCCCCUGUACUUUUCCUCCAGACUCAGCUGAUCUGCCAUGUUAACAGUGCCUGCCAACUUUUCCAGCCUGGAUUCCAUAGCCACAGAAGUCUCUGCAUGUGGAGGCUGCACCGGCCCUGCAUAUUUACCAGAAGCUGCUGGCAGGGUCGUGUCAUAAGUCUGUUUCCACUCACUGGUUGGGGCCAUUAAUUAAGCGUCUCCUCAUUACACAGACAUUCAUCUCAAGUGUGUGUGUGUACGUCCGCGGGCGUGGGAGCUGAUUCUGCUGUGCGGUGGGUGGCCACCUCAUCUCCCUGUAAUUCUGCAUCUGGUUUGGUUCUGAUCCAGAGCCAGUGGAGCAUUUACCUUCCCUGUGUGAGGUGGGGAUGAGGAGGGGCUGUCUAAAACCUUCCUCCCGAAGGGGAGAGAAUUGGAGACUCUUGUGCCUUUACUGAAGUGCCACUGUGGCUUAAAGGGAAACGAAGGUACUUUAAGAGUAAGAUGUGCUCAGUUCUGCUGGGGGCUGUAAUCUGCUUGGGGAGAUGCUACACAGGGGAAGUAUUCUCUGCUGCUGAUCUGCCUACUGUAUAUGUAAUCUGAGAAGAUUUAGCAUCUCUGAUUUUUUUUCUUUGGUAAAUUUCUCCCUGCAGCC